AUGUAUUAUUUAAUUUCCAGAAUGUCUUACUACGAUCUUCCAGUUGUUGCUCGAACCAGGACCCCCAUGACUCCUCUGUCGCCCGAGAUGUCCAAGAUGCUUCCAUACGUUAACGACAAGACCACUACACGCCAUCUUGGAAACUCUCUGGAUGUGGGUCAUGCUAAAGCUUACUAUAACCCAGCCUCUAAAGCUGUGUAUAACAGAUAUUCGCAUGGAGAUUGGGGAUAUUCUAACAAUACUCACUUUAAACUAUCUGAUAAAGAGAGGACUUACGGCGAACGUCUCCGAGCCGAUGCCUGGAGAGCUAUCAAGGAAACUGAUGCCCGAACACGCAACAGACAAAAUGACGUCACCAAGAGACUUGGUGAACGGGUUUAUGACAUCGCUUUCUGGAAAAGUGAACUUAACACAGAAAUUAACCAAAUGGCUACAGAAAUUGAAAAUCUUAAGGAGUAUCGUCGAACCCUAGAGAAAGCUUUAGGUGACACAGCUAAUCCAUUACAUGUAUCUGAAGAAUGUUUGAUGCAUCGUGAAAAACGACGAGGUAUCGACUUGGUUAACGAUGAUGUUGAAAAAAAUCUCAUCAAGGAAGUAGGUGUAAUCAAGAAAUGUCAAGAGAAAAUGAAGAGAUUAUUGGAUAAAGCCGCCGCCCAACUCAAAGUAGACAGGGCCGCCCAGCACGCUUUGGAUAUUGAUUCUAAAGAUAAACACCACGCACAGGGACUGGACGAUCGAAUGCAACAAUUGAGGAAUUCAUCAGGUGGUAUUGGGUAUUUCCCCAGUAUAGAAAGUGUUGAUAAUACAAUCACUAUACCAGAAACUUGGGCUAAAUAUACUCAAGAAAACAUCGCCAGAUCUCAGAAAGAACGAGCUGCUUCUGAACGACUUCGAGGCGAAAUCGACACCUUGAUGAGAGCAUGCGCAAAUGAAAUGUGGAAUAUCUUUAAUGCCGUCAACAACGCAUUUAACACGAGAAUUCACGAAACUACAGACGCCAGAAAUAAAUUACAAGCUCAUCUACAACGUACAAUGCAAGAAAUAUUUGACAUGGAAAGAAACAUUAGUCUAUUACGUAAAGCUAUACAAGAUAAAGAGAACCCAAUGAAAGUCGCCCAAACUCGACUUGAUGAACGAACCAGAAGAAUUAAUGUUGAAGUUUGUCACGAUCCCGUCAUGAAAUCGUUGAAGAAUGAAGUUGGUGAAAUCCGAGACUCGAUCAUCAUGUUGAAACAAAGUUUGAAAGAAGCGGAAAUGAGUUUGGCGCGACUCAUGAAAACCAAAGCUGUUCUUGAGAAUGACAUCGGAGUGAAGGAAAACUCACUGAAAGUAGAUUCUCAACUAUGCAUGGGUAUGAGGAAGGGAUUCCCCAUGGACCCUAAAGUUGGUCCUAUAUUCCAGAUGCCUACCUGUUAAAAAAAUUAAAUUACACCCAAGGUUGUAAAAUUCGAAAAUGUCGAAAAAGCAAAGUUAUCUAAAGGCAAUAAAUGAAUUUUCUUUACUAAAUCUAAUCAGUAUUAUUUAACACAUCGAAAUGUAUUAACAACUA